UUCUUUAUGAAUGCCUGCGAUCUGCAAGUCAAAGAUCGGUGGCUUGGUCGCACAGCCCUGUGUGUAUCCAGAUGUCCUGAGAAGCAGUUGGACACCCUGGAAGAGAUCCAGCUCUUUGCCGAUAUCAAUGGGUCUUCCCUAUGUGUCUAUAGUUUGAAUUCCUUCAACUACACUCAGAGUCCAAAUGCAGAUACAUUAUGUCCCAGGCUCCCUGUUCCUCCGAGUAAGUCCUUUCCCUUACUGAAUCGGUGCAUCCCUCAGACACCCGAGUGCUAUUCCUUAUUUGCAUCAGUCUUGAUAAAUGAUGCUGAUGCUCUCCAUCGGAUUCUAAGUGGAAUAAUGGCGGGAAGAGACACCAUCCUCGGCUUAUGUGUCUUCACAUUCGCCUUGUCUCUGGCCAUGCUGUUUGCUUUCCGAUUCAUCUCCACGCUUCUGGUCCACAUUAUCAUUUCGUUGGUUAUUUUGGGAUUGCUGUUUGUCUGUGGUGUCUUAUGGUGGUUGUAUUAUGACUACACCAACGACCUCAGCACAGAAUUGGACACAGAAAGGGAGAAUAUGAAGUGCAUGCUGGCAUUUGCCAUUGUCACUACAGUCAUGACGGCAGUUCUCCUCGUCUUGAUUUUUACACUCAGAAAGAGGAUAAAAUUGACAGUUGAGCUUCUCCAAGUCACAAACAAAGCCAUCAGCACCUGUCCUUUCCUGCUGUUCCAACCGCUGUGGACAUUUGCCAUCCUCAUUUUCUUCUGGGUCCUUUGGGUGACUGUGCUGCUGAGCCUGGGAACUGCCGUUUUCCCUAUUCCCAGGAAUCAAAGUGACCCUCCUGCCCAUCCAAUCCUUUCAUCUCUCUCCAUACUUUUCUGCUACCAUCAAGGAACUGCCGUGAAAGGGUCCUUUUUAAUCACUGUGACAAGGAUCCCAAGAGUCAUUCUCAUGCACAUGUAUAAUACUCUGAGAGAGCCGCAGUGUGGUGCGUGGUCAAGAGGUGUGUUCAGAUGCAACUACUGUGGGUUCAGGUGUCUCGCCAGACACCUGCAACUUCUCAACCAGAACGCUUACACUGCGGCUGCCAUUAACGGGACAGAUUUUUGUACAUCAGCAAAAGACGCACACAAGAUCAUGUCCAAGAAUACAAGUCAUCUCAUGUCUGUUAACUGCUUUGGAAACUUUGUCAUUUUCCUGGGAAAGGUUCUGGUGGUGUGCUUCACCGUUUUCGGAGGGUUGAUGGCAUUUAACUACAACCGUGCGCUCCAAGUGUGGGCCAUCCCUCUGCUGCUAGUUGCCUUUUUUGCCUACCUAGUGGCUCACAGUUUCUUGUCUGUGUUUGAAACUGUGCUGGAUAUACUUUUCCUGUGCUUCGCUGUGGAUCUGGAAACAAAUGAUGGAUCGUCAGAAAAACCGUAUUUCAUGCACCCAGAGUUUUUGAGUUUUAUAACACGGACCAACAACUGUAACAAUGCAAGGCCUCGAGGACACAGGGACUCACUACCAAAUGAAGAGGGAACAGAACUCAGGCCCAUUGUGAGAUAGGGGCCCAGAGACUUUUGUACCUGAAGAACCUGAGUGCACUUUGACCACACUGUGAUACUGAAACGUCUACAGCUAUUUUCACAUGAACUGGGGCAAGAAAAAUCACGUGAAAUCUGUUUAUAUGCAUCACUUUAGAAGGCACAGUAUGUCUGGGCACAGUGACAUACAUCUAUAAUCACAACCAUUAGGAGAUCGAAGUAGAAAGACGACCAGUAUAAGGCCAGCCUGUGCUACACAGGAAUUUAAAGCCAACCUGAAUGCUAUGUAGAAACCUUAUCUUAACAUAAAUAAAUAAAAAUAAAAAAUAAGAUUGGCUCACUAAGCUUGAGAACCUGAACUGACCACCCCAAGACCCACAUAGUGGAAGGAGAGAACCAAUUCCCACAAGUUGUCCUCAGACCUCCACACAUGCACACACACACUUAAAAUGUAAGUAAAUAACAUACUAUGUAAAAACUCAACCUGAG